AUGAGCGAACGCGGCCUGUAUAUGGAAGUUGCCGCACUGGCCUGGUCGUUAGGAACCAAAAUAGGCAUUCCCCUGGGCGGCGUCAUCGGCUCGCGGACUACUUGGCGAUGGACCUUCUAUAUUAACAUUCCUACGUGUGUGUUGUGCAUUGCCGGGUUGGUGUACUCGUUGCAACUGCAUCAAGAUACUUCUUCGUUUAUGAACAAGUUAGGCAUGCUGGACCGGACCGGGUUGGGGGUUUACCUGCGCGUCUACUCUGUUCCUGUCUUUGCGGUUUUCAUAUUCAUUCAAUGGCGAGUGUCAUCUAACCCCAUGAUGCCCCCGAGGAUAUUCCACGACCGGUCGGCCAUUGUCGGCUUCGUUACGAGCUUUCUGCAUGGAUUGUUCCUCGGAGCACUGCAGCAUGGUGUCCCGCAUGCCUCCCUCGAGACCAUGACUUGUAUCGCGUAUUCGGCACCCGCAGGGCUCGUGGCCAGUAUGCUGGUGAAACGAACACAGCGAUUCAAGUACAUCAUCGUGGUGGGUUGGGCUCUACUGGCGGCAGGAAUGGGAAGCAAUGUAAGAUUCUUGUUCCAUCAGAAGAACUUGGCAAAUCUUUUGCAAUCUAACGUCGACGGCUGUGGGGAGGAUCAGAUCACCAUGCACCCCGACAGCAGUAAGGCCGUUCUCUACGGUCUUUGUGUUCUCAUCUCUAUUGGCGGUGGGCUCCUAUUUCCGACACCGUUGUUUGCUGUUCAAGCCCGGCAAAACGGCGGCGACAUUGGGAUCGCGACCAGCGUGCAACUUUUUAUGCGUAGCCUUGGAACUGCCUUCGGGGUCGGACUGGGCGGGGUCAUCUCCCAGAACCAGUGGACGAAGGAGAUAAACCGUGCAGUUAUCGCGGGGAGAAUUCCUCCGGAACUGAGGCCGGAAAGCCAUGUUGCCGAAAUCGCAUGUCAGAUGAUCCGGGAGUUUCCUUCGCCUGUUCAGCAUGAAUACCGGUGGGUGUACGCACGGAGUCUGACCACGAUGUGGUAG